AUGCUGCUGUGCCUAGGCGACCUCGCCAGCGCCGCCGCCCGUCGCCGCGGCUCCGCCCGCGCCCGGCGUUCCUGCCACUGGACGACGCCUGUGGGCUGGCCGCUCCCCUGCAACCUCACUAGUGCGCCUCGCCCUCGCGGCCGCCAGAACCAGCUGCGUCGGCUACGCCGGCCGCCUUCCGCCCGAGCUGGCUCCACGCCUGGCGCCGUCUCGGCCCUCGGCCGUCUGGGUGGGGGGCCGGCCUUGUCCCCGAAGCUCCCGCCGGGUCGCCUCCGACCGCCACCUGCGACGGCUCGCCUCCGCUUGCGCGCCGGCUCCGCGUCCGCCCGGCCUCGUCCCGCUCCCGGCGCUUGGCCCGACUCCCCGGCGCUUGGCCCGACUCCCCGACGCUGGCCCGCCCUGCGCCGGUUCCUCCCCGUGCCGGCUUCCCCGCGCGCCGCCUCGAGCGAGAGGUCGUCCGCCUCGCCUACUCGCCCGCCGCCCCGGCCGACUACGGCCCCGGCGCCAGACGCCUCGCCGGCUCGCCCGCCGCCCCGGCCGACUACAGCCCCGGCGCCAGACGCCUCGCCGGCUCGGCCGCCGCCCCGGCCGACUACGGCCCCCGCGCCAGACGGCCUCGCCGGCUCGCCCGCCGCCCCGGCCGACUACGGCCCCGGCGCCCGACGCCUCGCCAGCUCGCCCGCCGCCCCGGCCGACUGCGGCCCCGGCGCCAGACGGCCUCGCCUGCUCGCACGCCUCCGUCCGCCGCGCGGCUCCACUGCCCCCGACCCGCCUCCGCCUCCCCCGCGCGCGCCGGGCCGGCUCGCCGCUCGCCGGCCCCGCCAGCUCGGCCACGGGUCAGCUCCGCUCCGCACCGGCUCGCGGCUCCGCCUGCCCGACCUCCUAAUCCAAGGCCGGCUCCCCCUUCCCCGCAUCCGGCCGGCUGCUCAGCCGGCUCGAGCGCGGUGGCCGGCUGCGCCCCUCCUCCACUGCCGUGCCGGCUGCCCACGCGGGGACAAGGAAUAG